GACCCGGAGACUGGUUAUGUAGUUUUUACGGAGCUCUUUCAUCUCCAACGCGGUGACUGUUGCGGCAACGAGUGCAGACAUUACAUUUUUGCAAAUAUUUAUAAUGAAGAUGACAUUGCACAAUCAGUUCUUUGGCAGUAUAAAAAAUAAGAUAGGUGUAGUGUGGGCGUAUGUAUCUUUCUGGGAGGUUUCCGGAGGAUCAUAG